UAUACAAUGUCAUUAAAAGAAGAUCCAAGUAACUAUUUGGUUUAUUGUAAUAGAUCUAUAUCAUAUUUCUUAAUGGGUGAAUACGAUAAUUCUUAUUACGAUGCUAAAUCUACCGUUGAAAUCAACUCACAAUGGUGGAAAGGGUAUUUCCGUGUUUCAAAGGCAUUGUUUGCACUCAAAAGGUUUAUGGAGUCC